AUGCAACAUCACGUACACGGCGGAACGGUUCUCAAUGGGGCGGAAAGAAGACUACAGCACCUGCGGCGAAUCUGCUCAGGACCCGCAACACUAGCUGCUUUCGUGGUGGCGACGGGAGAUGUUUGUUCCGUGGGUAGAGUGACUCCGAAGCUGCAACAUUCGACUCGCGUCUUUCAGCGGUGGGGAACCGCGGAACCAUCGCUAGCUUCACUCGGACUGCAGCUAUGUGUGGCGGUAGCGAGAGACCUCCCACGAUACCAACCGGUACGCCCCAACGCGCCGCUUCGAGCGCAGCCGCCUACGCAGUUGUGCCAAGCCUCAUAUCGUUUUGAACCGGUUAUGUCACUCCUGACCUAA